AUGUGGAUAAGACCUGAGAUUCAUCCAUGUCAAAGAAGUCAUGACAUUCCUGAACAUGAAAAACAAUCAGAUUAUGUAGAUCUAUUAAACAUGGUUCAACGACACACUCGUUGUAGUACAAGUUAUUGUCUUAGAAAGAAGUCAAAUGAAACCGAGUUGAAAUGUAGAUUUCAUUUCCCUUUUGAUAUUUGUCCUAAGACAAAAUUAGAAUUUGAAAAAAAUCAUACUUCAGGUGAUAAUGAGCAUUAUCGAGCUAAGAUUGUGACUAAACGAAAUGACUCUAGAUUAAAUAACCAUCAACAACUUCAGCUCCAAGGAUGGAGAGCUAACUGUGAUAUUCAAGUUGUUAUUGAUCACUAUGCUUGUGUUGAAUAUCUCACAAAAUAUGCAGCUAAAGGUGAACCAAGAUCACCUAUAUUGAAACAGGCAUUCAAUUCUAUUGUGCAAAAUGUUGACAGUAAUACUGACCCUCGUAGAGUUAUUAAGAAGGUAGUUAUGAAAUCUCUUGGUGAAAGAGAUUAUGCAGCUCAAGAGACCAUGCAUCAUUUGUUGUCUUUAAAACUCCACAGCUCAUCCUUUAAAGUGAUGCCAGUUAGUCUAAAUGGUUCACGUAGAGUGCGUGAUACUGCAAAUAUUGAAGAGGGUGAAUCAUGCACUGAUUAUUCACUUCUUGAUGUGUAUGCUAAUCGUGAACAAUAUGAGAGUUCACAAAAUAUAAUAAAUAUGAACUUUGUUCAAUUUGCUACAACAUACAAAGUUGUUAACAAUGAACUGACAAAAUUACCAGAGAAUAUUAUACCACGAAUAUUUCCAACGUAUUCUCUAAUCCCAAAGGUCCAAAUUUUGGCCUAUAUUGUAAAUAUCAACUUUUGA